AUGACCACUCCGUCCGGCAAGCUUAUCGGUCCCAAGCAGCGCAAGGUGGCGCUCCUCGGCUCGCGGUCUGUCGGCAAGUCGUCGCUCACGGUGCAGUUUGUCGACCAGCACUUUGUCGACAGCUACUACCCGACCAUCGAGAACACGUUCACCAAGCCCGUCAAGUACAAGGGCCAGGACUUCCAGCUCGACAUUGUCGACACGGCCGGUCAGGACGAGUUCUCGAUCCUGUCGUCCCGUCACGCCGUCGGCCUGCACGGCUGGAUCCUCGUCUACUCGGUCUCGUCGCGGUCGUCGUUCGAGAUGUGCUCCAUCAUCCGCGAAAAGAUCCUCAACUACACCGGCCGCGACUCGGUCCCGAUGGUCCUCGUCGGCAACAAGUCGGACCUCGCCGUGCAGAGGCAAGUGACGCGCGAGGAAGGGCAAGCGCUCGCCCAGUCGUGGGGCAAGACAGUCUUCCUCGAGUCGUCGGCGCGCACCAACGAGAACGUGUCGCGCGUGUUUGACGCCGUCGUCGCCGAGAUCGAGAAGGACCUCAACCCCGAGCCGGAAAAGCCCGAGAAGGGCGGGUGCGCCCUCAUGUGA